AUGUUCACUGUUGGUAUAUCAGUGCCUGUUUUCUUUAUGCUAUUAUAUAUUUGGAAGAUCUAUAUUCAAAAGCAAGCCCUAGAGUAACAAUGUCUGAAGAAUAAGUUGUGGAUACAAGUAAAAUUUUUUUAAUAAGUAAGGCAUACUCUUUGGAGAUGAAAAAUUUUACAAUGGGAAUUACUAUGACUAAUCUAUCAUUAGGAUCUCUAUAAACAUUAGGAACUCAUUUCACAAUGACUGCAUAGAAUUGUAAAAGAAUCACCAAUAGACUCAACCACUAACAAAAAUGUGAAUUCCUAAAAGUAAUUAAUUAUUCUAUAAAGUUGUAUUAUAUACCCAACUGAGCCUUGUGAUUAAUAACAUUUUGUUACAGAUUUAUUAAAGGCAUAUUUUACAAAAAUAAAGCUUGGAUUUGUUCAAUGUUUUACUGUUGAAUAAUGGAAAAAAAUUCCUCCUGUAAGAAUAUCUUUCAUUCUUUUAGUAACUUUAAGAAUAAAAUUAAUAAUGAUGAAGAAAAUUAAUUAAAUUACAAUGAAAAUUAUAAAGAAGAUGAUAAUCGAUAGGAAAAUUAAAAAUUAAGUGUUGAAAAAAAAGGAAAAUAGAAUAGAAAAACAAAUUAAGAAAUUGAAAAAGAAUAAAAAGAAAAAUAAAAAAAGUAGAGAGAAGAAUAAAAAAUACAAAUGGAAGAUGGUCUAUAAAGCUUUGAGUUAUUAAUUAAAGAAGAAACAAAAAAAAUAUAAGAGAAAAAAAAAGAAACAAGAUUUUAAUCCAUUUUAAAGAAAAUUUUAGUAGAAUUCAUUGUAAACAAUUAAUAACAUUAAGUUAAAUCUAAUUAUAUUAAUAGAAUUUAAAUCAGUGAAGAAAUUUAAAUGAAUAAAAAAGCUUACGAAUUAGUAUAAUAAUAUACUGUAGAAAGAUAAGAAUUAUUAGAAUAGUUUUAAUUAAACCUACAAAAGUCAUUUGAGGAAAAAAGUGCUUUAUUCUUAACUAUAACUGCAAAUGCCAUCAAAGAAGCAUAAAAAUAUGAAAUAAAUUAAAGCCAAAACACAUAUGAUCCUUAAAUUAAUCAAUCAUAAAAAGGAAAGACAAAAAAUACAAAUUAAUGUAAAUUUAUUUUAAAAAAUAUAAUUAACUAUUUUAUAAUAUGUGAUAUUAGAUAUAGUAAAAAUGAAUUCAAAUUUUUUAUGUUUUAUUAUUUCAUUCAGAAUUCAUAUCAAUUUUUAUACCAGUAGAUUUUCCAUGAAUAGUUGAAUCACAAUUUUUUUUCUCUUCUUUAUUAAAGAAAUUUUUAGUAUUUAUCAUUAAAUUUCAGAAGAAUAUAAUCUUAAGAUUUUUUUAUUGAAUCUUUUUAUUGUAAAUGCUUAUACCAUAAAUCCAUAUUCCAAAAUUAUGAAAUAUCUUAAUUGAUAUUCCAUUCUAAAUCAAAUUAACUCGAAAUAAAAAUAACUUUUUUUUAUAAAGCAUUUAAAGUUUAUGUGAACAAUAUUAUUCACUUUAUCUACUCAAAAAUAAGUUCAAAUCCUUUCUCAUUUUGA